GGUUUUAGACCGUAUGCGAUUGGUUUAGAGUGAGUUUUUGUUCGUUAGAUUUCGUUCUCCAUUUGAAUAUUUGAUUUGCAGUGUAGUGUUGGGCUGAAGUGUAGUGCUGUGCUCGUUUCCGAGUACUUGUGUUUUUCAUAACGGCGUUACCGGCGUUGCUACUUAUAGAUACGCUGAUAAUAUUCGUUUAUCAUUUUCGAUAAGGUUUUAUCAUCGAAAUAUAUGAUUGUUGUUUCAAUACCUAGUAGUCUAUAUUUUAGUUACAAGGAAAGCAAAGAUCAACAGGAGUAGCCAAUCACGAGCCGCUACGAAACAAAUGGAUUAGCCUUAUAUUAUAAUAUAAGCCAAUCAAAUUAGCUUAAGUAUAACCUUCAAAAUGUCCCAUCACAUAGUAACGGUGUGCAUGUUCUGCCUCCUCUGCGCCGCACACACCUGCGGCUCACACAUAGACAUACAGAACGACGGCGUACUAACAUACGACGCAAAAUUCAAUGACCCAGAACAUAUAAAUAUAGAUCUAGCAGAGAAAAGAAGAUUACCCUCGCGAUAUCAUCAGAAACUCCAGAAAAUACGACAGGGUAAGACGAAAAGAGAGGUCAAAGUCAACCCUGAUACAUAUGUCACGCAGAUCUUCAGGUUGUAUGGUGAUGCGGGGAGUAUGACCAUGAAUUUGACUGGGUUCAAUAAGAUGCUUGAGGAGUUGGACCUCCACAAGCUGGUGGAAGGUGGGGAGAAGAGCGAGAGCAGAGGAUACUUCCACGGGCAGAACGGGAAAGAGGAUGUUGUUAAUUGUAUGAACAGCUCCGACCUUAUCACAACAGUCAAUACGAGGUUAAAACCUGACCACGACCACGGCCACGAGGACCACAGCCAUCAACACGAGGUGGACGCCGUCAUCACCGAGGCCACGCUACAGACCAUAUGUCCCAUCCUCCUCUAUCAGAAACUAGCCAACACGUCAAUAGAAAGAUCUGGCUGCGUCAAAGAAACAAGCAUAGGGAGGCGAAGCGACGUCGUAGUCAAACAUGUAGAAAAAGAAAUUGCGUACACCAGAAAUAUGUACGCGGUCUGGUUGUACUCGUCUCUUAGUAUAUUAGCAAUCAGUGCGUGCGGACUUUUGGGAGUAGCCGUCAUCCCCAUCAUGCACAAAACUUAUUACAAUCAUCUACUACAGUUUCUAGUAGCUUUAGCCGUCGGUACGUUGUGUGGUGAUGCGUUACUACAUCUCAUGCCCCACGCUAUGAGCCCAAUGCAUGAUCACAGCGGGCAUGGCGAGACAGAUCUUGAACUUAGCUCGUCACACGACGAUGGGAUGUGGAAAGGACUAGCAGCUAUGCUUGGAGUAGUAUUCUUCUACUUCACAGAAAAGGGCCUAACAGUUGUGGUUGAAUGGAGAAAACGUCGCCAGAAGUUGGAAGAAGAUAAACUGCCUUCAAGAGUGAGAGUGUUGAAAGACGAGACAGGGGGAGGUUGUUCGGGAGGUUCCAAAGCUCCUAUCACCAACUCAACCUCAAAUUCUCUUCUCAAAAUCUUUAAGAGAGAUGAAAAGGGUGAUCCCACAACGAAAACGUGCAAACACAAGUAUUCUGAAUAUCCAUACUGCUAUGAUGAGAUUGAUACUGACACACACGACGACCAUCACCUCAGGGACGGGAUCCCUUCAAGUCCAAAACAUGGUAAGAAGAACAAUUCAGUCAGUGUGGUGUCUUCGAAUGCUCUCAACCCUGAGGGUAAGGAGGAGCCGUCUGCGAAGGACUGGCUGCUGAAGGCCGAGUCCACGCCGGCGGUCGUGGAAAUGAACAAUAUUAAACAUAAGGAAGAUGGGGUUAAGGAUCUAAAAGAUCUCAAAGACGGGGAUAGUUAUACUGUUAUUUUGAGAGAGCACUCCCGCGCCCACCACGGGCACUCUCACGCUCACGGGCACGUGCACGCGCCGCCCUCGUCCAUCGCGUCCGUCGCGUGGAUGGUCAUCAUGGGCGACGGCCUGCACAACUUCACCGAUGGAAUGGCUAUAGGUGCUGCAUUCGCUUCAAACAUAGCUGGUGGUUUCUCCACAGCCAUCGCUGUUUUAUGCCACGAAUUGCCACACGAACUAGGCGACUUCGCAGUCCUGCUGAAGGCGGGCAUGUCGGUGAAGCGCGCGGUGUGCUACAACAUCCUGUCGUCGGGGCUGUGCCUGCUGGGCAUGGUGUGCGGCGUGCUGGCCGGACACGCGCCCUCCGCCACGCGCUGGCUGUUCGCCGCCGCCGCCGGCAUGUUCCUGUACAUAGCGCUCGUCGAUAUGAUGCCAGAACUAAGUACAUCGCACAGCAAAGAGGGCACAUUCUGCCAGUGCGUGCUACAACUGAUGGGGCUCGCGACUGGCAUUGGCAUAAUGCUGGUCAUUGCUCUCUACGAGCAGGACCUCAAGAACUUAUUCGGUUAACGUGUUAAAGUGACGAAAUCCGUGCUAAUGACAAAAAUCCGUGCUAAUGUGACCAAAAUCCGUGAUCCGUGCAAAAUGUGAAAUGAUUCGCUGAGGAUAAUGUACAGUGCCAAGGACUGGCUUGAUUCCUAAGUGUUGUUAUAAGUUAAACUAUGCGUAGGGGCUAACACAGCCUUGUACAGUUGAUACGAGAGAGAGAAAUUGAGAUAUUCUUCAAAAAUGUAAUUCGUGUGUGAAUCUUGUAGUUUACUUAUUUGGUGCUAGUUUUCGCCGUAUUUGUAUGGUAAAUGGUAUCACUAGGACAAUUUUCAUUCAAUAGUACUUAACAGAAAGAGUGUUUAUUUGUGUUGCGCUAAUCUUUGAAACUACCUGUCCGUUUUUAUAUAUUUUUGUAUUUGAUGACACUCAGACACGGAACAAAUGAUCAUGCUCAUCAACAAACAUUUGUCCUGGGUGGGAAUCGAACCCACGACCUCGAUAGAAGUCAGGGUCACUAACCACUAGACCAACAGGCCAUUUAAACCAAAAUUUGAUCAUUAGUGAUACCAAAUACCUUAACAAUGCUUCAAAAAAGCAUUAUUAUCCAUUUUCCUAUAUUUUAGUUAUCAUAAUAACAUUGACUGUAAAAAACUUCAAACAAAUUCUUUUUUCAAUAAUUUUGUGAAUAGACAAUUAAAAUGUAUGUAAAAAUGUAAUUUCUCUAAAAUAUAUAAUUAUGUACUUAUAAAUGAAAGAAUUGUGAUAACAAUACUACGAAUUCAAUUUGUUGCUCGAAUAUUUAAUUUUUUAUUUAUAAAUGUAUGUAGAUUGUCACUUUAAAAUAUACUAUAGGAUGUGGUCAAUUUAGGUCUUUAUUUAGUAUGUACUUAUUAUAUAUAAUAUAUGUAUAGUUUAGUUUUAAAACAAAA